ACUCCCUCAUGUCUAACAUGGCGGUCGUUUGGUUGUAAUGACUCUUAGCUAUUUACAAGAAAUUAUUCCGCUCCCAAGCCGGCUGUCAGUGCACUGUAAGCGUUGACAUCACCGCAGUUUCCAGACCCACCCAGAGUGUAAUGAAGGUAGUAGACACACUUUCCCAGCACUGAGGCCAGCUCCCUGUGUGCCCCCUGCAUACAUCAUAGUCUCUUGGUGUGGAGGGAGUUUCUCAGCCACCUUCAUCUCCAGCCUGGCACAUUACGGUGGGAGAGUGGCAGGGGGCUGGGGGGGCAGAAGGCCUCCUGUACCAGGAUUGGGACAGGGCAGGACGUCUCCUCUGUCCUCCACAAGUUGUGCCCCACUGAGCAUGCUGAGUGCCUGGGGUUGCCAUGGAGCUACAGGACAAGAAACAGGUGGAGGAGGUUGUCCCUCUGGGACUGUCCAGCACCCAGGCUCUGGGUGCCCUGCGGGACCAGCUGUCUACCCUACUGGAUCAGCACCAGAAGCAGGGUCGACGCCGGCCCACCCUGCAGGAGCUGUGGGCUAAGAGCUUCCUUCACCAUGACAACCGCCACUCCAGCUUCCAUUGGCCUGGUGCAGCUCUCACUCUGCUGGUUGUGUUUGGGCUUCUGUGUUGCCAUGGCAGCCAGCCAGAGGGCAGCCAGGGCAUUGAGCUGGUGAAUGCUGGCGCUCUCUUCCUCCUGUUGCUACUCAAUCUCUUCCUGAUCGGGCGCCAGCAGAGGCUUAGAAAGAGUGAGAUGGUUCGACGACUGAAGUCCAUCAUCUCCCAACUGGAUGACACUCUGGAAAGGUGUGCCGGAGAGCCGCUGAGGUGGUCCCCCUCACUGUAUCCAGACCUAUACACUCCCUCAUCCCCGUCCUGGUCUCUGCACUGGACGUACCGUGACGAGCAGCUGGUCAACCUGCCCGUCUGUUUGCUGGUGGAGGGGGAUAUCAUCGCUCUGCGGCCGGGGCAGGAGUCCUUCGUUUCCCUCCGUGGCAUCAAGGAUGAUGAGCACAUAGUCCUAGAGCCAGGGGAUCUGUUCCCCCCUUUCUCCCCUCCCCCGUCCCCACGAGGGAACGAGAAGAGAGCCCCCCAGAGCCCUCAGCAGUUCCGUCUCUUCAGGGUAGUGCGAACCCCCAUCCUCGACUCCAUUAGGAACAGCCUGGACCUGGCACUUUCCCGCCCAAUCACUGCUCUGGACAACGAGAGGUUCACAGUGCAGUCAGUCAUGGCGAAGUUUGUCUGCCCUGCUGUGCUGGUGGCAUUCUUCACUGCUAACACGCUGCGUUUCUUCCUCAAUGUCCAUAACCGCCUACCUGGCUGCUUCAACUUCAUUCAGCUCCAGAUGAUGGGAGUGCUUCCCAUCCUGCCGCUGCUGUUCCCAGUGAUGUGGGUGCUGGUGAAUGCCUACGGAGAGGCACGCGUCCUGGCCGAAUCCAACCGCACCUCCCCAACAGGCCUGCUUGCUAAGUUCUCUGAGGAUACUCUAAGCAGCUACACGGAAGUGGUGUCUUCUCAGGAGAUGCUGCGCUGUGUGUGGAGACACUUCGUCAGCGUGCUGCGGGGAGAGUCCCAGACGCUCUGCUACACCUCAAGCCUGCUCCACGCCCUCGGCUCCGUCACUGUGUUGUGCUGUGUGGAUAAGCAGGGGGUGCUGUCCUGGCCCAACCCCAGCCCAGAGACCGUCCUCUUCUUCAGUGGACGCGUGGAGCCGCCCCACGACAGCCAGGAUGACCUGCGGGACGACCUCUCGGUGGGCUCCUUCUGCCGGAUGGAGGGGGACGAGGAAAGGGACGAGGUGGGCUGGCAGGGGGGCGUUGCAGCCGGGUCAGAUUACGCGCAGGAAGGGGAGGCUCUGCUUUGUCUGCCCAUGAUGGAGUCCUCCCUGCACGCCGGGCACGAGCCGGAGCCUAGCGAGACAUCGUCCGACACCCUGCGUCCCCGCUGCCCCCCUCCCGCUCCCCGCGCCAAGCACCCCUCAGGCUCCAACGUCAGCUUCAGCCACGACACCGAGGGGGGAGAGGAGGACCCCUCACAGCCCUGUGGGUUGGAGGUGGGCUGCUGUGAGGCGGAGGACUUUGUGUGCGACUACCACCUUGAGAUGCUCAGCCUCUCUCAGGACCAGCAGAACCCGGUCAGCAUCCAGUUCGACGACUCCGGCUGGCAGGGCCACCUGCCCUCCCUCAAGCCCCUAGGCCUGAACAUCCUGCUCAAUCUGUGCAACGCCGGUGUGACCGAGCAGCUCUGCCGCUUCUCGGACCACCUGUCCAACCUGGCGCUGCAGGAGAGCCACGGCACCGUGCUGCCCGUCCACGUGCCCUGGGGCCUGUGCGAGCUGUCCCGGCUCAUCGGCUUCACACCUGGGGCGAGGGAGCUGUUCAAGCAGGAGAACCACCUGGCCCUGUACCAGUUGCCCUCAGGCGAGAAGGCCAAGGAGUCAGCGCCGCGCCGUGCGCACCAUUUCACCAAGCGACAGCCUCCCAUCAGCCACCUCAUCAGCCUGUUCGUACGCGACAGCACCACCAACAAUGUACAGAUGCUCUCCCACGGCUCUGCUGACCUCAUACUAGAAGCCUGCACUGACUUCUGGGAUGGGGCUGAUAUCUAUCCCCUCUCUGGCUCUGACAGGAAGAAGGUGCUGGACUUCUACCAGCGUGCCUGUCUCUCAGGGUACUGUUCCGCCUUCGCCUACAAGCCCAUGCAGGUCUCCCUGUCACCACAGCUCAAUGGGAAGUGUGUGGAGUUAGCCCCCGGCCCCACCCUCUUUUCUGGGGUGGAGCUGCCCAGCACCACGCCCAUCAAACACGGCAGUCGACGGAACAGCUGGAGCUCGGACGAGGGUAUUGGGGAGGUGGUGGAGCGAGAGGACUGCGUCCAGGCCUUGAGUGGCCAGAUCUUCAUGGGCAUGGUGUCCUCCCAGUUCCAGGCUCGCCUGGACACCGUCCGGCUGAUCGACGCCCUGGUCAACGCCUGUAUCCGCUUUGUCUACUUUUCCAUGGAGGACGAGCUGCGCAGCAAGGUGUUUGCAGAGAAGAUGGGUCUGGAGACGGGGUGGAACUGCCACAUCUCCCUGACACCUAACGGAGACGGUCACUGCGAUGUCCCUCCCUCCAGCCCCAGCCACGCGGGCUCCCUGCAUGACGACCUGCAUCAGGAUUCCCGAGAUGAGGCGGAGGGGCCGUUGCUGCCUGAGGAGGAGGGCCACUCGGACCUCACCAGCUUCCAGCCCACAGACAGCGACGUGCCCAGCUUCCUGGAGGACUGCAACCGGGCCAAGCUCCCCCGCGGGAUCCACCAGGUGCGGCCUCACCUGAAGAACAUUGACAAUGUGCCUCUGCUGGUUCCUCUCUUCACUGACUGCACCCCUGAGACUAUGUGUGAGAUGAUGAAGAUCAUGCAGGAGAACCGGGAGGUGACCUGCUGCUUGGGGAGUUCGGCAAACUUCCGCAACAGCUGUCUCUUCCUGCAGAGUGAUGUCAGCAUUGCCCUGGACCCUCUGUACCCUUCGCGAUGCUCAUGGGAGACCUUUGGCUACGCGGCAAGCAGUGGGAUGAAUGGUGAAGGUGAAGGACUCUCACCACUGGGUCUCUCUGGCCAGCUCAACAGCCUAGCCUGUUCUGUCACCUUCCACCAGGGGGAGAGCGUGAGCAUGGUUAAACUCAUCGAACAGGCAAGGCAUACCACUUACGGCAUCAGAAAGUGCUUCCUCUUCCUACUGCAGUGUCAGCUGACGCUUGUUAUUAUCCAGUUUCUGGCAUGCCUGGCCCAGCUACCCCCUCCAAUGAACAUCACUGAUAUCCUGUGGCUUUCCUGCUUCUGCUACCCGCUGCUCAGUGUGUCCUUCCUUGGGAAGCCACCGGACAGCACUGUGAUGUCGGUUGCCACAGGCAAGAACCUGGACUCCAUACCCAGGAAGACCCAGCAGUACUUCCUUGGCUGUUUCCUGCUGAAGUUCAGUCUGACGGUGUGUGCUUACCUGCUGGGGUUAGGCUUCACACUGCAGGAGGUGUGUUCCACGGCUCUUCCUGCCAACAGCAAUGUCAGCUGCAACAUCCUUUCCUCGAGUUCAGCUUCUGAUGCCCCACAGUGGUUUAGUGACCUGUCAAAUGGCCUGCUGCUCUCUCAGAAGGUGAUGGCAGGAUUCCUGGCACUGCACACAGUGGUCAUUUCCCUCAGCUACGUGCACCGCUCCCAGCCGCUCUGGAGAAAGAGCCCCUUCAGCAACACCUGGUGGUGCCUUACUGUGCCUGUGGUGUUGCUGGGUCAGGUAGUGCAGGCCACUGUGGACUUCCAGCUAUGGCAAGACAGGAAUGCCAAGGUGACCUUUCUGCUGAAAAACAUCCCGAUGAAGGCCUGGCUGCUGGUGUCACUGUCUCCAGUACUGGUGGUACUUGUGAAUGAGGCUGUCAAACUCCAUGAGAUCAGGGUGAGAGUUCGCUACCAGAAGAGGCAAAAGUUACAGUUUGAGACCAAGCUCGGCAUGAACUCUCCCUUCUAAGAAGCUGUUAGGAGGGGUUGGGGGUCGCUGAGUGACACUGUCAGCCUACUUGAAAUGGAACCUUGAGGGACACUUCUAGAUGGCCUUCCUCUCAAUAAAGCCUUCCCAUACCCCUUAACACUGCCAACAGACCAACUGAGAAAGGUGAAGUAACUCAAACUCAAGCAAAAAGUGCUCAGUCUGCUGUAGUGAUAAUGAAGAUGUUUUUAAGCUCAUUUUUUUCUGUUAUACUGUAUCACAGUUAUACUGAAAGAGAACCCCAAAGCAUUAUCAAAGACAGCUAGGACUUUCUCAUUGUGUGCCUGCACCAGAAUUGUGUAAGGCAAGAGAUUUACGGGCCAGUCUGUUGAUUGGACCUGAUGAAUUUCUGUCCUUAUAUUAGGAAAAAAUUAACAAGCGAUGGGAUAGAAAUGAUACAAAGCUGUGUGGUUGUGUAGCAGUGGGAAUAUCACAUGGUGACUGCAGGAAUGAUGUUGAAAACAAGACAGACUAUAAAAUUUAUUUCUCUGCAUUAAAAUGAAAAUGACCCAGUGGUUCAAUGUUCAGUGGUUCAAAAUUGCCCUGUGGCUCAUGGAGGUUCUGAGCCGGCAGUUCUACUUUGAAUGUAAGUCCCUUGUAUUGUAGUAGAGGCCCCCUGGGCCAGCCUGCAUCUAAUGCCUCCUUUUCACUCAUAUGUAUCCUCAUAUGUAACUUGGGCAAUGCUUAAAAAUGCCAUCUGCACUACAUCUGUCAUCUACAACCAGGUGUAGGUGAGUGGUGGUUGAAAGUGAGCCACUUCUAUAAACUAGCUCACAAAAUGUGAAUGCAAAUAUCAAAAUGCAGGAAAAGAGAACCACUGAUUUUUUUUUGACACAAAACAAUGCAGGUGUAUUUAAAUAUCUGUCAAAUGUGACUAUUUUUUCACCUAGCUAGCAAAUUGCUUGUAAAUGACCAGCUGAUAGUUCUGUAGCUAUCUAAGACUUGCACUGUUUGCUAGUUGUUUACCAUCAUGUGAAAGGCAGGGAGGAAAAGGAGGUAACAUCUGCUGUCCUUCCGGAGACAUUCUUUGCAUAACCUCAAGGUUAUGUAAGGAAAUGCAUUUUAUUUUUCAGUCAGACCCAUGUCUGCUGGUCAGUGUGCCUAAUGGAAAUGACCUGUAACAGACAUGAAUGUGAAUGUACUCUUCUGGACCCUACACCUCCCUUGGCUCCUGACAAAGGGAGUGUGGCACCGCAGUGGGGAUCUGCCUGUGCUGAAUGUUCUUCUCUAAAGCUUGGUAUAAGCCACUGCAAAGUCACCAAGGAUUGAUCACUGGUAAAAAAAAGGGACCCCAGGGAAAGUAUUUGUUUGGGUAUGCCAAGCAUUUUCCGGUCAGCCCUUUAAGGGCUGUCUGUUGGGAUGUCUUGUGGUACAUUUUCCAGGGCUUUAAUCGAAAUAUUAUGCCUUUUUUAAAAGUGUAAAUUAAAUUCCAAGACCCAGUCUGGUCAGAGUUAAUUAUUAUAGGAAGGGAAACUAAUGAUGAUUUUUGAAGAGAACAGUCAAAUCUGUCCUUUAAAGGGACUGUAACGCAUACUGUAGAAAUGAUCAGUGGCUUCAAUGUUUCGAGGCAACUCUUCAUUAUGCAGAGUAAGGGAUGGGGUGCCCAGCAGAAGACAGCAAUGAUUAA